AUGCUGUUGAUCGUCUUGAGCGUACUGUCACUGCUGGUGUCGAUCGGUGUCUGGUGGACGGUGGAAAACUAUGGUAACGCACUACGGCACGCCGGAAAAUUCGGAGGCCCACCGGCUUACCCCCUGGUUGGCAAUGGGCUGCUGUUUAUCAACAAAUCUCCUGCCGAGUUCUUGCAGUUAGUGGGAACGUUAAUAGCGAAGCAUGGAAUGUGCCUGCGAUUGUGGCUCGGUACGCAGCUGUUGGUGCUCAGCACCGACCCGAAAGACAUUGAGGUUCUACUGGCCAGUCCGAAGUACAUCGAAAAAUCGACCGAGUACAAUUUCGUUCGGCCGUGGCUAGGAAACGGGCUGCUAACCAGCAGCGGACGUCAAUGGCAAACGCACCGAAAAAUGAUCACCCCGACCUUUCACUUCAAGAUCCUGGAGCACUUCGUGGAGAUUUUUGACCGGCAGAGCAACACCUUUGUCGACAUCCUACGAUUAUACGCAAAAUCGGGCGAAACCUUCGACGUCUUUCCGUUGGUCACGCUGUGCGCACUCGAUGUUAUUUGUGAAUCCGCCAUGGGUACGAAGGUGAAUGCGCAACUGAACUCGGAGUCGGAGUACGUUAAAGCUGUAAAGGAAAUCACCAAUUUGAUACAAGUUCGUUUCUACGAUUUCAUCAUCCGGUACGAGUUCUUCUUCCGAAUGUCCUCCAACCGGCGGAGGCAGCGCAAGGUGUUGAACGUGCUUCACGGUUACACGAACAGCGUAAUCCAGUCCAGACGGCAAGAGUUGCGAAGCACGGACUCACCCACUAACGCCCCCGAUGGUGCGGCCAAUGAGCUUGAGAGUGAAGUUGGUAUCAAGAAGCGAAUGGCCUUUCUGGAUAUGCUGCUGCAGGCCACGGUCGACGGGCGGCCUUUGACCGACGAGGAAAUUCGUGAGGAAGUCGAUACGUUCAUGUUCGAGGGGCACGACACGACGACGUCGGCGAUUAGCUUUCUGUUGCAGUGUAUGGCAAAACAUCCCGACGUCCAGCAGAAGGUGUUCGAAGAAGUACGCGGCAUUGUUGGGGAGGACCGGAAACAACCCGCCACCAUGGCGAUGCUGAACGACAUGAGCUACCUGGAUCUGGUGAUCAAGGAAACGCUCCGUCUAUAUCCAUCGGUACCGAUGUUUGGUCGGAAGUUGCUACAGAACACCGAAAUUAAUGGAAAAAUUUUCCCGGCGAACUGCAACGUCAUAGUGCUACCAUUUUUCCUUGGGCGUAACCCGGACUUUUUCCCCAACCCGGAGAAGUUCGAUCCGGAGCGGUUCAACGUGGAGCGGUCGGCCGAGAAGACGAACCCGUACCAGUACAUUCCGUUCAGUGCGGGACCACGGAAUUGCAUCGGUCAGAAGUUUGCCGUAGCCGAGUUGAAGAGCCUGGUGAGCAAGGUCGUGCGCCACUAUGAAAUCCUUCCACCGCUCGAAGAGCAGGAGGAGUCGUUCAUGGCCGAGCUGAUCCUGAGACCGGAACGCGGAAUUCCAAUACGUGUUAGACCACGCGUGUACUGAUGAGACAACAUUAUUACUUAAUGCACAAUAAUUCGUCCUACCUCAUUUAACAUUCUCUCUCUCGGUGAUAGUUUUUUGUGAUGCCAUUUAAGUGGAUAAUAGUUAUUCGAUCAAAGAAAACGUUCUCUUAUGUUCAGCAAAAGGAAACGAACACAGAAGUUUACUUAAUUAUGCAUGGCAUGAAAUGUAUUUAUAGCCAGAACCAUCAGCUACUUAAACAAACCCCUUUUCACGGCUAGUCUAUUCUAAACUGUCGACAUCGUUACGAUAGCGAUUCCACAGAUGACGUUUGUCUGAUAAGAACUCAUUACACAUCGCUUCAAAGUAUGCACUUAGCAUAGGGUUAGUUAGGGCGCAAGUACAUGUAUUUUGGCAGG